AUCAUGAUAUUAAUGUAGAGGAUAAGUAUGGCAAUACUCCACUGUAUAUGGCAUGUAUUUAUAAUCACUUACCAGUAGUAGAGUAUUUAACAGGACAACCAAACUGUAACAUUAAUAAUAAUAAUGAGAGACACCCUCUACUAGCAGCAACAGAUAAAGAACAUUUAGAAAUAGUAGAGCAUUUCAUUGAAUCUACUGGCUGUGAUAUUAAUGUUAGAGAAGAGGGAACUGGGUCCACUCCAUUACAUAAAGCAUGUUAUAAUGGAUCACUGUCAAUAGUAGAAUAUUUGAUAUCUAAACCACAGUGUAACAUUGAAGCUAAAGACAAUAAAGGAAACCAACCACUUCAUUAUGGAGCAUGUCAAGGACACAAAGAAAUAGUUUCAAUAUUAGGAAAGAAAGUGAGUGAGGAUGGUUUGUCUAAAUGUAUGACAUCAGCAAAGCAACUAGCAGAACCAGAUAUAAUGAAUUUAUUAAAUGAUCAUUAUGAAGAUAGGAGAUCAUUAAAUAGUGCAUGCAAAUCCGGAAAUGUAGACAUUGUACGUCAUCUUGUGAUUGAUAAACACUGUGAUGUUAAUAGUAAAGGAAGUAAUGGCUAUACACCAUUACAUGUGGCAUGUUUAAAUCAUAAUUUUGAAACUGUUCAAUUUCUUACCAGUUCUACUGAAUGCAAUAUAGAAGCUGAAGGUAUUGAUCAAAUUAGACCACUUCAUUUGGCAUGUCAAUCAGGAAAUGUAGACAUUGUACGUCAUCUUGUGAUUGAUAAACAUUGUGAUAUUAAUGCUAAAGAGAGGGAUAGCUUAACUCCAUUACACGUAGCAUGUUUGAAUGGUAAUUUUGAAACUGUUCAGUUUCUUACCAGUUCUACUGAAUGCAAUAUAGAAGCUGAAGGUAUUGAUCAAAUUAGACCACUUCAUUUGGCAUGUCAAUCAGGAAAUGUAGACAUUGUACGUCAUCUUGUGAUUGAUAAACACUGUGAUGUUAAUGCUAAAGGGAUGAAUGGCUUAAUUCCAUUACACGUGGCAUGUUUAAAUCAUAAUUUUGAAACUGUUCAAUUUCUUACCAGUUCUACUGAAUGCAAUAUAGAAGCUGAAUGUGAUCUUAAACGUAGACCACUCCAUUCAGCAUGUCAAUCAGGAAGUGUAGACAUUGUACGUCAUCUUGUGAUUGAUAAACACUGUGAUAUUGAUGCUAAAGGGAGGGAUGGCUUGACUCCAUUACACGUAGCAUGUUUGAAUGGUAAUUUUGAAACUGUUCAGUUUCUUACCAGUUCUACUGAAUGCAAUAUAGAAGCUAAAGGUAUUAAUCAUAUUAGACCACUUCAUUUGGCAUGUCAAUCAGGAAAUGUAGACAUUGUACGUCAUCUUGUGAUUGAUAAACACUGUGAUGUUAAUGCUAAAGGGAUGAAUGGCUUAAUUCCAUUACACGUGGCAUGUUUAAAUCAUAAUUUUGAAACUGUUCAAUUUCUUACCAGUUCUAUUGAAUGCAAUAUGGAAGCUGAAUGUGAUCUUAAACGUAGACCACUCCAUUCAGCAUGUCAAUCAGGAAGUGUAGACAUUGUACGUCAUCUUGUGAUUAAUAAACACUGUGAUAUUGAUGCUAAAGGGAGGGAUGGCUUGACUCCAUUACACGUAGCAUGUUUGAAUGGUAAUUUUGAAACAGUUCAGCUUCUUACCAGUUCUACUGAAUGCAAUAUAGAAGCUGAAGAUAUUGGUCAAAUUAGACCACUUCAUUUGGCAUGUCAAUCAGGACAUGUAGACAUUGUACGUCAUCUUGUGAUUGAUAAACACUGUGAUGUCAAUGCUAAAAGGAGGUUUGACCAUACACCAUUACAUUAUGCAUGUGAAAAGGGCCACUUUGAAAUUGUUAAAAUUCUGACUAAUUAUCCACAAUGUAAUACUGAAGCUGAGAACAGUUUAAAUGACAGACCACUACACAAAGCAUGUGAAUCUGGAAAUGUAGACAUUGUACGUCAUCUUGUGAUUGAUAAACACUGUGAUGUUAAUGCUAAAGGGAGGAAUGGCUCAACUCCAUUACACGUGGCAUGUUUAAUUCGUAAUUUUGAAACAGUUGAAGUUCUUACCAGUUCUACUGAAUGCAAUAUAGAAGCUGAACGUUUUGAUCAAAUUAGACCACUUCAUUUGGCAUGUAAAUUACAAAUUAUAGACAUUGUACGUCAUCUUGUGAUUGAUAAACACUGUGAUAUUAAUGCUAAAGGGAGGGAUGGCUUGACUCCAUUACACGUAGCAUGUUUGAAUGGUAAUUUUGAAACAGUUCAGCUUCUUACCAGUUCUACUGAAUGCAAUAUAGAAGCUGAAGAUAUUGGUCAAAUUAGACCACUUCAUUUGGCAUGUCAAUCAGGACAUGUAGACAUUGUACGUCAUCUUGUGAUUGAUAAACACUGUGAUGUCAAUGCUAAAGGGAGGUUUGACCAUACACCAUUACAUUAUGCAUGUGAAAAGGGCCACUUUGAAAUUGUUAAAAUUCUGACUAAUCAUCCACAAUGUAAUACUGAAGCUGAGAACAGUUUAAAUGACAGACCACUACACAAAGCAUGUGAAUCUGGAAAUGUAGACAUUGUACGUCAUCUUGUGAUUGAUAAACACUGUGAUGUUAAUGCUAAAGGGAGGAAUGGCUCAACUCCAUUACACGUGGCAUGUUUAAUUCGUAAUUUUGAAACAGUUGAAGUUCUUACCAGUUCUACUGAAUGCAAUAUAGAAGCUGAAGGUUUUGAUCAAAUUAGACCACUUCAUUUGGCAUGUCAAUCAGGAAAUGUAGACAUUGUACAUCAUCUUGUGAUUGAUAAACACUGUGAUGUUAAUGCUAAAGGGAGGUUUGACCAUACACCAUUACAUUUUGCAUGUGAAAUGGGCCACUUUGAAAUUGUUAAAAUUCUGACUAAUCAUCCACAAUGUAAUACUGAAGCUGAAAACAGUUUUAAUGACAGACCACUACACAAAGCAUAUUAUGAAUCUGGAAAUGUAGACAUUGUACGUCAUCUUGUGAUUGACAAACACUGUGAUGUUAAUGCUAAAGGGAGGUUUGACCAUACACCAUUACACUAUGCAUGUCAAAAGGGCCACUUUGAAAUUGUUAAAAUUCUGACUAAUCAUUCACAAUGUAAUCUUGAAGCUGAGAACAGUUUUAAUGACAGACCACUACACAAAGCAUAUUAUGAAUCUAGAAAUGUAGACAUUGUACGUCAUCUUGGUCACUUCGAAAUUGUUAAAAUUUUGACUAAUCAUCCACAAUGUAACAUUGAAGCUGAAGAUGAGAAUAAUGAUAGGCCAAUACAUCUAGCAUUAAGUGGUAAAACUCACAUGAACAUCGUAAAUUAUCUUGUUGAAGUUAAAGGUUGCAAUACUCAGGGCAUAACAACUUAUGAUAUGAAAGUUAGUAGUUAUCUUCAUAUUCAUCAAUCCAGUGGUAUAGCAUUAUUACGUGUUGUUAAGUGUAUAUUGACAGGUCCUCCUGGUGCUGGUAAGAGUACAUUAAAGAAGAGACUCCUCAAUCAAUCUCUUGAUACAGGUCCUUCUCUUAGUACUGGUGUAAUUGAUGCAGCUGUACAAGUUAAUUCAUUUCGUAAACUAUCACAGCACAAUGCAGUAGUGACUACAGAAUGGAAGGAACAGGAACUUGAUGAAGAAGCUGUACUGAUCACGAAAAAACUAUUACCAGCAGACAAUACAUCAGAUGAAAGUACUAGACCUACUGGAUCUCAUCAGUCUACUUUAUCAUGUGAAGAUACAGAAACUUUAUCAUUUGAAAACCAAUCAAGAUCACCAGAAGAAAUAGGCCUAUCUGGUCAACAUGAUAAUACAGGUGAUACAUCUUCACCUACUUUCAUGCACUCUGAAGCAAAUGAUGCUGCAAAUUAUAAUGAAGAGAGCUCAGAUAUGGAGCAUGAGAAUAUAGAUGAUUCAUACGGAGCACCUGUCAAUUGCGAGGAAGAAGAAGCCAGAACUGGUACUGAAGUGCAAAAUAGCAACAGUUCAGUAGUAAAAGGAUUUUCAGAAUAUGUAAUGAAGAUACCUGCUAAAAAAAGACAAGAGUAUGAGAGGAAGUUUGAAGCAAAAGAUGACAAUCACACAAUGUUACACAUCAUUGAUACUGGAGGACAACCUGAGUUUCAUGAAAUAUUACCAGCUCUUAUAACUGGCCCAGCUAUCAAUCUACUGGUAUUCAAACUAACUGAAGAUUUAAGGAGUCGCUAUGAAAUAAUCUAUCGAACCUCUGCUGGUGAUUCUAAACCUUAUGAAACCUCAUUGACACAUGAAGAAGUGAUAUUUCGUUCACUAUUAACUGGUAAUGAUCAAUAUCGUAACAGGAUUACCUUUCAAGUUGGAAAAUACCAUGAUACUGUUACCUUAAUCAGUCGUGCUACUUAUCUUGAAGUGUGGGUUCAGCAAAUAAAAGGCUCAAAACUGUCAACAAGUGAUUUAUUAUUAUCAUUGGACAAAGGACUAGUCACAGUCACAGAAUCACUCCAUUACACUUACAAGUCAAAACAUGAGUUUGGAGUACCAUGUACAUGCACUGCAGUACCUCAUCCUGCUGUGAUUGACUUUAAUGAAAGUGCAACUAAGUGUGUGAAUGGCAGAAUAGUGGAGUUUAAUGACAAACAAUUAUACUGGUCUAAGAAGGUUGUUGAACUGAAUAACGCAUUCAGCAAAGUAUCACCUCAAACUGUUUGUCCUAUAGAAUUAUUUCGUCAUCACUCAGCUAAUAUUGCCCAGUGCAUCUCAUUAGAUGUAAUACGUGUUGCUGAUAGACUGUUUGCUGCAAAAGUGAUACCUCAACAAUUAAGAAAUGAAGUAUCCAAUGUAACUAGUUUAGAUGACUAUAGAAAAGCCAACAAAUUGACAGUUCACAUUCAAAAUAUUCUCAGUUGUCAUACAGAUCCCACUAAGUAUCUUACUGAUGUGUGCUAUGCAUUGUUCCAUAUAGACAAUGAUCCACUCAAGCACAUUCUUAUUAGCAUACUGAAUAAGCUGGGAAAACCACUACCUCAAGGAAGCAUACAAGAUGUUAGCAAAAGCUCUUCUCUACUAAACAAAAGGCCAAGAGUAGCACAAGAUGACACAUCUGCCAGCAAGAGGUUAGAGACAGACCCUGAAGGUUCUUACGACAAUACUUUUAGUGAAGGGCAGUCCUCUGGUAGUGGUAUUUUACAAAAUGAAAGCAAAGGACACAAGAGACAGAGAGAAGAUGAUAGCUCUCCUGGAGAUUUUACUAAAAUGAAAAAGUCAACAACUCAAAGUUAAACCUCAGAAGAUGUAAGCCAACAAACAUUUGCAUCAGCUUUAUCCACUUGUAGCCUUGUAUAGGUAGAUCUAAUGAAUGUUAACUGUAUAUUAACAUUAUAGUUGGUCUUGGUAUUAUUGUUAUAAUCCUACUGUCAUUAUUGAUACACAAUCACUUAGC